CCGGCGUAGACUUCGCUGGACCAGUAACAGUUAAGAAUUUCAUUGGAAGGUCUAGAGGGAAAUACGCGAACAUCGAAACAAAGUCAUACAUUGCGAUUUUCGUAUGUCUUGCAACAAAAGCUAUCCACAUCGAAUUCGUCAGCGAUAUGACGUCUGUGAAAUUCAUCGAAGCGUUUAAACGAUUUGUGGCUAGAAGGGGACAAGUCACUGAUUUGUACAGCGAUAACGGAACUAACUUUGUAGGAGCAGACAACAUCCUACGAGAACACAUGGCAGAACUAAACAAAGACCCAACGAUUCAAAAUUACUUUGCUAGACAAGGAACCACUUGGCAUUUCAAUCCGCCCGCAAGCCCUCACCAUGGUGGUCUUUGGGAAGCUGGGGUGAAAUCGAUAAAAUAUCAUCUGAAAAGAGUUGUCGGUGAUUAUACGUUCACCUUUGAAGAAAUGUGUACCAUUCUGUGUCAAAUUGAAGCCUGUUUAAAUUCUCGCCCAUUAUGUUCAAUUAGCGACGAUUUAAAUGAUUUGAACUAUCUAACACCCGGUCAUUUCAUUUUAGGAGAGGCUCCAACCACUGUUCCCGAACCUUGCUUAAUCGAUGACAAUAUCAGUCGUCUCAAACGUUGGAAGUUGGUCCAAAGAAUGUAUCAGCAGUUUUGGAAUUAUUGGUCCAAAGAUUACCUAUCAAAGCUACAACAAAGACCGAAGUGGGAAGAACAACAACAAAACAUAAAAGUUGGUCAACUCGCACUUUAUCGUGAAGACAAUUUACCACCCACGAAAUGGCCGUUAGCAAAAAUUAUAGAAAUUCAUCCAGGCAACGAUAAUAAUACUAGAGUAAUCACGCUGAAGACAUCGGGAGGUAAAACAUUCAAACGCACGAUUAAUAAGGUCUCAAUAUUGCCAAUAGAAUAAUUGUUGAAUUAACGUAAAAUUUAAUUAAGUUGUUGGUAUGCAGGUUUUAAUGGCUCACAAGCAAAUUAGAUACCUUUUUCCUGCAUUUUGUAAAAG